AUGCCUUCCGAUUCAAAGAAGAAACGUGACGCUAAAAAGAAGGAGGCCCAACGAUCCAAGCACUCCUCGGGCAAAGCCGCCGCCGCCGCCACCAAUGGGACCAAUGCCUCAGAGAUAGCCAAGGACAAAUUAAUCGAAGAGAAUGGGGACUGUGUCGACGAGCUGACCGCCAUGCUGGAGCGCGAUCUAGAAUUGGCGGCCCAAGCUAGAUCUUGCACCGGUGUUCUGGGCAUUGAGGCCAUGUCGAGGGAUGUUAAAAUAGACAAUCUAUCCAUUACCUUUCAUGGUUUUGAAAUUUUGAACGAGACUCGGCUCGAAUUGAACUACGGCAGACGUUAUGGUUUAAUUGGAUUUAAUGGCUGCGGAAAGUCAACUCUGUUCUCUGUCAUUGGUAGGCGCGAGAUACCAAUCCAGGAGCAGAUCGAUAUCUACCAUUUGGCGCGUGAAAUCCCACCACUGGAAAAGUCCGCUUUAGAUGCUGUAUUGGAUUGUGAAAAGGAGCGUAUCAGAUUGGAGAAACUGGCCGAAGAAUUGGCCGAGAAGGAGGACGAAGAGUCUCAGGAGCAGCUAAUGGAUAUCUACGAGCGUCUCGAUGAUAUGGGAGCAGACAAGGCCCGCGCUAAAGCCGGCUACAUCCUUUACGGUCUAGGUUUUGACAAGCAAAUGCAACAGAAACUCUGCAAGGAUUUCAGUGGUGGUUGGCGCAUGAGGAUCGCCCUGGCAAGGGCUCUCUACUUGAAACCUCACAUGUUACUGCUGGAUGAGCCCACUAACCACUUGGAUCUCGAGGCAUGUGUCUGGCUCGAGCAAGAGCUCAAAAACUACAAGAGAAUUUUGGUAAUAAUAUCGCAUUCGCAAGAUUUCUUGAACGGAGUUUGCACAAAUAUCAUCCACUUGGACAAAAAUCGGCUCCAUUAUUAUACGGGAAAUUAUGAUGCUUUCGUCAAGACCAGGCUAGAAUUGCAAGAACAUCAAAUGAAGCGUUUCAAUUGGGAACAAGCUCAAAUUUCGCACAUGAAAGAUUAUAUUGCCCGUUUUGGUCACGGAAGUGCCAAACUCGCCCGUCAGGCACAAUCCAAAGAGAAGACAUUGGCCAAAAUGGUCAACGCUGGGCUGACUGAGAAGGUGACAUCAGACAAGCUUGUUGAAUUUUACUUCCCCGCAUGUGGAAAAAUCCCGCCGCCCGUUCUGAUGAUCCAGAACAUCUCCUUUAGGUACAAUGAAAAGUCACCCUGGAUUUACAAGGAUCUUGAGUUGGGUAUCGAUUUGGAUAGUAGGAUCGCGCUUGUGGGUCCAAACGGAUGUGGAAAAUCAACCUUUCUGAAAUUAAUUUGCGGUGAAGUCAUACCACAGGAUGGUCUCAUCAGGAGGCAUUCUCAUCUCAGGAUCGCCAGGUAUCAUCAGCAUCUUCAUGAGGCUCUCGAUCUCGAUCUGAGUGCGCUCGAUUAUAUGCUGAAAUGCUUCCCGGAUGUCAAGGAGAGGGAAGAGAUGCGUAGAAUCAUAGGUCGAUACGGAUUAUCUGGACGGCAACAAAUUUGUCCCAUGCGUCAUCUGUCUGACGGCCAGCGUUGUCGAGUUGUGUUCGCAUGGCUGGCCUUCCAGGUUCCUCACUUGCUACUAUUGGAUGAGCCCACCAAUCACUUGGAUAUGGAAACAAUAGAUGCUUUAGCUGAUGCUGUCAAUGAUUUCGAGGGAGGCAUGAUACUUGUGAGUCACGACUUUAGAUUAAUCAGUCAAGUGGCCAAGGAGAUUUGGAUUUGCGAGCACUCUACCAUCAGGAAAUGGGACAAAGAUAUCAUGGCUUACAAGAACCAUUUGAGGAGCAAGAUUUUGAAGGAAACUGACUAUGAAGCUGAGUGA